AUGUGAUUCUAUGUCAUUGAUAUUUUGCCACUACGACGACUAAAAUAAUUUUUGUUCGUACAAUUUUAUCAGUAAAAUUUACGCGCAAAUGAAAUUAUAAAAUUAAUGCAAUAAUUUUAAUAAUGUUCUGACAUCGGCAUAAUGCUAUUUUUAUCGAACGUUACCUGUAUAGGUAGGUAAUAAUAACAUAUUUAAAAAUAUUAAUGAUAGUAAUAGUUUGAAUAAAUCGUAUACGAUGAAAGCACACCAUUGAAACUAUAAGCACGAACCACCCCUGGUAUAUAUAUAAAGAAAUUCGGUGUAUACGUGUCGGUACAAAUUUUAAUAGUGAAAAUUACAAGUGCAGCUGAAGAUUGGUGUGUACCUAGCUGUGUGUUGUUGCAUAUCUAGCUGAAGGUAAGUGAUUUUUCUCUUUCUCCUUUACUUUUGCAAAUACUGAUAAAUUAUUUUGAAAUUUCAAAAAUACAUACCUAACUCCCAGAGGUUUUCACUUAGAACAACCAUUUUUACAUCGUUAGAUAAGACUCGAAGAGGACUACUGACCUCUAUCUUAACGAACAAAAACUAACCAACCAGUAUUGUAACCUGACCUUCGACAAAGGGUUCUAUCGGACGCAUACUUACCUAGGUAUAUUAGAUGUAAAUACUGCUAAAUAGUGUUGGAACCGAUGGAACCCACUCCGUCCGCAGUUAAAUUUACAAUAAUUAUAUAUUAUAUAUAAUAUAUUAAUAAUUAUAUAUACCACGUCACGAAAACUACGGGAAUUAGAAACUCGUGGUUAGGUAGUUGCAGAAACACUCGCACAAUAACUGUACAUAAUCCGGAGACGGGGAAAUGCAAUCGAUAUACCUACUUAAAGAUUUACGAUUAAAACUCGCCAAGUGUUUCGGCCCAAAACACAUCCCAACCCGAUGAUCACAUGAUGCAAUAUUAUUAAUUGAUGUUAAUUCGAUUAUUAUAAUAUUUCCAAAUUUAUAUUUGUAUAUAUAUUGCAUAAUAUACCUAUUAUAAUAUGUAUUUAAAGAAAAACGUGAACCUAAUUUUAAAAUACUGCUAAAUACAGUGGCGUUAUUACGGGGGGGGGGGAUUUAGGUGUCGUAACCCCCAAUAACUUUUUUUUUAAAAAAAGACUGUGGAACUACAUUUAUGUACUUAUUUAACUAUAAAUAUUAUUAUAUUAUAUAGAAAUAAUACGAAAAAAAAUCCGGAUCCUCUAUGCUGUACAUAAAUACUUCGAAAUAAAUGUAAGUGCAUACUGCCCUACCAAAAUGAAAGGCAGUAAUCGACAAUUGUUCAUAAAUGAGAUUAUUGUAGAAUAUCUAUUGUUGAUUAGGUCAUUUUACAUCGAUUUUUCUAGGUUAGAAUGCAGUGAAACAUUAUUUAGACCCUUUAAAUGAGAUUUAAAUAUGUAACAUCUACCAAACGAAUACUAGACAAAUAAGCAGUAAAUGAUAUAUUCUAGAAAAAAACUCAGUAUAUUUUGUAUAGUUUACUGCUUAUACAUUUAGUAAAUUUAUUUAACAGCAUACAUACUGCGUAUGUAUCUAGUAACUUUAGAUUAACUGAUCAACAGUAAGCAGUAUCUACAUGUUUAUAAUUGAAUAUCAAUAUUUUAAAUUCUUUUAUAAUUAAUUUUAAAUCUUGUAAUUUCAUAAAGUAAACAUAAUUCAAUGAGUUUGUUCCUAACUUUGAUUAGUCGGAAUUAGUUAGUUUUUAUAUUUGAAAAUGUAUCUAUUUUAUUUUUAGAAUUAUAAAUAGGAACUAUUAAUAUUUAAAUAGUAUGUCACACACAGACUAAGUUAUGAUCCAUUAAUCAUAUCAGACAUCAGAUUUUACUUUGUUUGCUGUUCGUAACUAUUUAGGUUCCUAAGAAUGAAACCUAAUUUUAAUAAAAGUGAUUUUUUUAUUAAUUAAUUACAUGCGUGGUUAAACUAUGGUGUUUAUAAUUUGUUAUGUUUUAAAAAGAAAUAAAAAAUGUAUAUCUGGUUGAAUUGAUUGAUACUGCUUUUUAAAUAAAUUGUAGUUGUAAUAAUUGUUGACUGUCACAAAUGCAGUAUCUACUUAAUCUUGCUAAGAGAACUUGCUUAUAAACUAUAAAUAUUUGAUUUAGGAAAAAUAAAAUUAUUUCAGAACGAUUUCUGAGGUAAAUAACUACAAAUAAUUAUCUAAACAUUAUUGAAUAAUAUUGUUAACAAGCAAAAUAAUUCAAAAAAACGAAAAGCCCAUUUUCCCAACAUUUGCACUUUUGUAGAUACUGCCUUUCACUAUGGCAACAUAGGUAUCACUAUUGCAAUAUUGCGCAUAAAUACCUAUGUCCUAUAUAUUGUAUUAUGGUAAUGGUACAAAAAUAAACCACCAAGCAGUCAAAUAUUAUUUUAUCGUGGAUCGACGACGCUCAUCUGACUAUUUUAUUUAGAUUAAUAAAGACUAUAACAAUAUUAUACACAUUAUCACAUGCAUAAAAUACAAUUUUUUUUUUUUAGGGGGGGGGAUAAUAGGUAAAAUGUAAAACUUUUCAUCCUUCCCCCCCCCACACAAACAUCACCAAAUUACGUCACUGGUUAAGUACGAUUUGAUACAAAUGAGACGCUCAAUACUCUUAAAAGUAAAAUUAUUUUUUCUCGAGAACAACAAUUAUUAGGUAUUGUUCAGAGAAUCAUUAUUUCCACAAGCAAAUAAAAAUUAAUGAAAAUCCACAGCUAAUCUUGGAAUUUCGGAACUAUGGAACUCCGAAUGGUUUAAUAAUAUGUGGAGUAUAAUAUGGAAUACCUACUACCUAUCCAAAAUUUUUAUUUGUUAAUGAAAUUAUAUGUUUUUACAGAAUUUAUUCUCGCGUGAAAUUAUUUUACCAAAAAACUAUUUUCAAUUUCUGAGCGUGGCAAGGUUAAUUUGUUUUUCCACAAGGUCAUAUUAAUUAUACUAUGUACAUGUCCGUGUAGAACGUUUGUAUAUUAUAAUUUCAUAUUUAUAAGUAGAAUGCAAGUUUACCUAUCAUUUAAAAAUAACCGACAAGAACUAUAAUUUUAAAAUAUUAAUUUCUGGUAAGUGCCUAUCUUUUUUUUAAGCAAAAAAAAAAAAUUGAAAACAUUGUUGUUUAUGUCUUUACGUUUUGACAGCGUUGACCGGACCGAGACCGUAUCAUGUUUAGUCUUCUAGAAGUUCAGAUUCCCCGAAAUUGUUUUUUCAAAAUGCAAAAUGUUUGAGAAAAUGUCAAAAAAUGUUAUUACAUUAAUUGUUAAAAUAAUGAUGAACCUUAUAAGCCAUUUAUUUUAUAGAGCAAUAUAGGUAUUGAAUACAAACCAGUUAAUGUGGAAUAUAGGUAACAUUAGAAGAAGAAGUAAUUUUUUUUUUCACAAAAAUUUGAAAAAAGUGUCCUACUUUGCCGAAAAAAUAAUUGGUAGGUAUCUAUGUGGAUUACGCGUUUAAAAUGUUUUAAAACAAAUUGCUUGUUUAAUCCAAGCCUGGAUUGUUUGCAUGGAUUUAAAGAGCACAUACCUAGUGUCACCAUUAAUAAAUGUAUAUAAAAUGUUCGUUCACAAAUUUAAUAGUGCAAAAAUGUAGAUACAAUGUUUAUAAAGAAGAACUAUCUUUAAGUUCAGUCCUUAGGCUCACUGGAUCCUAUAUUUAUCCAGUUUUUAUUUAUGUAGGUACCUAGGUAUAUAAUAAAUGAGUUUAUACGCAAUAUCCAUUAACAAAUAUGACAUUUAAACAGUAUAACAUUUUAAAUAAAACUUGCAAAAUCAAAAAUUUAGUAUUUGGUCAUUUUUUCAUAUUUAUACUUUUGGUGGAAUAAUUUUAAUCGUCGCACAAUGGGAAGUAAUUAAUACAAAAAACGAUUGCAGAUUUAACCGUGUGUAGUCUUCAGCCUUGGUGCGUAGUGAAAACACAGAAUAAAUUAAAAUAUCUAUUCUCAUUAAAUUUAAUAUAUAAAUAUAAUAUGUAAUGUGGUGAAAGUGUAGAACCACUGUUCUCGGCUGUAUUGGUUCAGUAUCUUGAACAGUUGGACCCCAGAGUAGAAUACAUAAAAAAUGAUAAAACGAAUUGAUAAGAAAAUAACCUUAUCAAAAAAGUAGCAAUGAAAAAUUAAUCAAAUUCAAAUCGAAUUAAUUUAUUCGAAUAUUUUUACAUCACAUUAGUUUAAUUUAUUUUAAGUAGUUAAACCAUUUUUAAUAUUAAGUAGUGUUAUAAUAUACCUAGUUAGCAUUUAACUUUGAAAAUUGUAAUAUAUAACUACUAGAAUUUUUUUUUUCCAGUCAAAAUGUCCACAAUUUUAGUAAAUUAUGAUGAUUCAGUUCAGAUAAUUUCAUUUAACAGUCCAAAAAAACUGAACGCCAUAUCACACCAGGUAAUUAUUUUAUGUUCUCAUUUAUUGAACUAAAUUUUAAUAUAGGUGUCAGGAUAUCUGUGUAAUAAAUACCUGAUACAAAUUUCAUUGCAAUGUAUAGUGCUACAAAGAAAUAAUUGAAGCGCUUCACGAAGGAGCUAAAAAUGAGGAUGUAUUUUGUACUCUAUUGACCGGUGUUGGUAAGACGUAUAGUAGUGGUACGGAUUUAUUUGACAGUUCAGACGUAAAUAUUGAAGAGCGUUUAAUUGUAGUACGGUAAAUAAAAAAAAUAUAAUAUAGAUACUGCAUUGUACAUACCAAUUAUCUAUUUUUUUUUAUUUUUUAUUGUGUUUACAGGGAUUUUGUAAGAGCGCUCAUAGAUUAUCCAAAACUGUUGGUUGCCUUGGUAAAUGGCCAUGCAAUUGGAAUAGCGUGUACAACUUUGGGACUUUGUGAUCUUGUGUAUGCUACCAAAACAGUAAGUUUAUUUUACAUUUAUUGUUAAAUUUCUUAGAAAAGUUCUUUAAUUUCAGGCAAAUUUUAUGUGUCCUUUUAAUAAACUGGGUAUUACUGCUGAAGGAUGUUCAACUAUUACAUUUCCAUUAAUAAUGGGAAAAACAAGAGUAAAUAUACUUAUAUAAUACUAUUAUAGUUAAAAUGUCAAUCACAGUUAAAAAUAUUAAGCAAUAUUAUUUAUUUAUUAGGCAGCUGAAUUAUUGUACUCGGGUAAAAUGUUUAAUGCUAUUGACGCUCAGAAAAUUGGUUUGGUCAAUGAAAUUAUUGAUGAAGGAAUGAAUGGAAGAGACCAGUUAAUUAAAAAAAUAAAAACUGAAAUAGCUGUGUAUAAAUUGGUACAAAAUUAUUCCUUAGAAAUUAAUUCUUGUAAACUAUAGUAAUUUUUAAAAUUUUACAGCCAAUAGUAUACACCAAGUCUAUGAUGCUUAAUGGAGCGAUCUCCAAAGAUGAAUUGCACAGAGCAAAUGAUAGAGAAUAUAAAAGACUAUUGGAAAGGUUUAAUUCUAGUGACUAUUUUAAUGCUAUAACUAAUUUGUUAAAACAGAAAUCUUUAAAGAAUAAGCUAUAAAGAUAUUUAAAAUUAUGUAAAUGAUGCAUCACAAUACUAUUAUAGUAUAUACCUACUUAAAAUUAUCAUUAGGUAAUAAUGUAAUAUUAAUUUUUAAUACUUUUAUAUCAUAUUGUUGAAUAAAUUUAAAAAAUAUAGUUUUUAUAAAAUAUUGGUUUGUAUACAAAUUUGUAUGAUUAUAUACAUGUUUUCUACUAUAAUAGAAAAUUAUUGCAGUAUUUAUUAAUACCUUAUUAUUGUUAAACUUUGUAUUAUUUAUAUUUAAAUCAUAUUUAUUAUUAUUUUAUUUAGUUAUUUAGUGUGGUAGAGGUCCAUUUAUUUGUAUGUAAAACAUUAAUUGUUAAUUGUUUUUGUUAAGUUUAAUAAUUUGUGUGCCAUAUAUUUUAUUUUAUUUAUUUUAUAAGUUUCACUUAUGCACUUCAAAUGUAUUCAAGUUAUGUAAUAUUUAAAUGUUUAAUGUUAAAUAUCUAACUUUUUUUUCAAAUUAAAUACAUAAACCAUUAAACAGAAGUUGGUUAGGUUAGGCUACAUUUAUACAUAUUGUUUUUUGUUAUUAUUAAACAAUUUGUAUACAUUUUAUGAUCAUUGUAAUCCUUUAUAAAUAAUUAUUAAUUAAUUUAAAUUUUUGUUAACUAAAAAAACUUAUUGACUCACAAAUAAAAAUUAUAAUACAC